AACGCAACCAGAAGAUUUCGAAACAGGUUUCCAAAAUUCACACAGCCAGGAGGAAUGGAUAGAAACAGUCAACUUGGAAAAAGGCCGGUACCUCCACUGCCAAAUAUAGCAUCACAGACAACAGGGAUUUAUAUGUCUGCUGGAACACUGGCAUCAUUUCCUGUUCCCCCAAAAGGUUCACCCAAACAUUUGGAUGAUGAUGAUGAUGAUGAUUACGAUGAUGGUAGGGCUGUAACAAUACCUUUACCACUAAAAGAAAUGGAAAAGAAAGAAGAUCCUUCCAUCUGUAAACCUGCAAAAGAGAAUAACUCUAGAAAGUUUCACAUAUCCAUUCUUUAUCUCCUAGUAGCAAUCAGUUUUGCAACAUGGGUUAUUUUCUUUUUCUUGGUCCUGAAGCAAUACUCAGAAAUUUCAGAGAAGAUAGAUAAUCUAACAGAAUCUCAGAGAAUCUUAAAUCUAAGUCCCAACUACUCAGAGAAGAUUGCAAAUAAAUCUGUUUGCAGUCAAGGAAACUCCACAAUGCUUUCUUCAUGCCCCUUCGGUUGGAAGCAUCAAAGCAAAUACUGUUAUUACUUUUCAGCUGAAAAGACAAACUGGAUUAAUGCCUUGUUGAAUUGUAUUAAUAAUAAGGCAUAUCUGGUUAGCAUUUCAUCUGAUGAAGAACAGGGUUUUUUGAAAAAUAACCUCAAUGAAGUUGACUAUUGGUUGGGUAUGAGUGAUUUAGAAGGACCGUGGAAGUGGAAAGAAACUGGUAUGGUGGUCGAAACAAGAUAA